AUGAUACAAGAGAUCCUCGACCGUCGGCUGGCACAUCGAUUAAGCCUGUUCAUCUUCUAUUGGGGAGCGACACAGCUGACGAAACGGUUAGAUAGCGCCUUGUUGAAGGAACCUUUCCGCGUGGCAGUCAUAACCAAUCCGCGACGGAACGUCUUUCUCAUCUACUACAACCAAGCGAAACCGAAUAAUCGUGGCGAGAUGCUAAGCACAAAUUUGUUCGAUGCGAAUGAUAUGACCUUUAAGCGGAUACCUUUGCUACCGACACCGACGGAAGUGUACAAGAAUUUCGAAGGACGCAUUUUUAAUAUUCCCGUGAUACACAAACCACCGUGGCAUUUCGUUGUCUAUGGCAAUGGUAGCACCAGUGAAGUCAAAGGAGGCCGGGAUCACAACCUGAUGCAACUGAUAGCCAAACGGAUGAACUUCAGUUUCCAGUACGUGGAGCCACCGGAGAAAAUCCAGGGUAUCGCGCUCGGUACGGGAGCGAACGCUAGUUUUUCUGGCGCCCUUGGUAUGCUGGAGCGUCGUGAGGUGGAGCUGUUUCUAGGCGAUGUGGCGGUUACCUGGGAACGGAUGAGAGCGGUUGAGUUUUCAUUCUUCACGUUGGCCGAUUCGGCAGCUUUUGUGACGCACGCACCGCGCAAACUGAACGAAGCGUUGGCCCUGGUGCGCCCAUUUCAAGUGUCCGUGUGGCCACCCCUACUCAUCACGGUUCUCCUUUCGGGACCCGUACUGUACCUCAUCAUCUCGACACCCCAUCGAUGGAAACAUUGGGCACCCCAGCAACAGCACCGGAGCAACUACUUCGAACGACGGCGACAGCUACAGAAACGCAAACCUGAAUAUCCGAGUUUGGAUCGUUGCAUUUGGUACACGAUCAACGUUUAUUUAAGGCAAUCGGCCAACAUACCGUAUGAUGGACAUCUGGCACGGUUCUUUUCGAUCCUGCUUUGGCUCUGUGCUACUUAUGUACUGGGGGAUGUGUACUCCGCGCAACUCACCUCUCAACUUGCUCGACCAGCACGCGAAAGUCCCAUCAACACGCUGGGUCGGCUAGAGCAACGCAUGAGCCACGAUGGCUACCAGCUGCUGGUAGAGCGCCAAAGUGCAUUCCAUGCUGCACUCGUAAACUCGUCGGGAAUUUUACAACGAUUAUACCGGCUCACGCAAGAACGCUCUGGGAACGAUUCUUUUCUGAUUCGGUCGGUCGAAGAAGGCAUACGCACUUUGCAGUACGAUCCGAAGCUGGCCGUUUUCGGGGGCCGGGAAACGCUGUACUUCAACACCAAACGUUAUGGCGCCAAUCGUUUUCAGUUGAGCGAGAAGCUCUACACACGCUAUUCGGCCGUUGCCGUGCAGAUUGGCUGCCCAUUUCUCGAUAGCCUGAACGAAGUAAUCAUGCGACUUUUUGAGGCUGGUAUUAUAGAGAAAAUAACAAUUGCCGAGUACGAGCGAAUGUUUGGCCGACAGAAUGGGGCGGUUUCACACUCAGAAGAAACCGUUCGUUCAACCAAAUCCACCAACUCCGAAUGCGAGAUCGAUGGUAGCGGCAACAAAAGAAAGUCCGACUCGAACGAGAAGCUACAGCCAAUGAACUUACGCAUGCUGCAAGGAGCCUUCCUAGUUUUGGCAUGUGGACACUCACUAGGAGGAAUUUGCCUCUUUUUAGAAAGACACAAAAGGAUAAUGGAUUGCUGCAUUAAUCGAGUUUGGAAUGUGUGUACCCGUAUUAAAGAAUUCUUUUAGUAGCUUUCAGAUCCUUUUAAGAGAAAUUAAUUGUCGUUCUUGAUGAUAGUUUAUCCAAUCGUUUAUUAAAUGAGCCAAUG